AUGGCCACGACACAGACGGCAGCGGCGGGUGGACGGCCGUUCCGGCUUCGCGUGCGUUGGGAUGGAGGUCAGGCGCGAUUGGACGAAAAGGAGAUAGGGGCACAGACACCGCUGCAUGAGCUGUUGGCACACCUGGCGACUAUCACGGGCAUUCCGGCACAAGAGCAAGCCCUUCGCUCAGGCUAUCCACCAACGCUGCUGAAUCUCUCAAAUCCCAGCCAGCCCCUUGAGGCCUUGGGAUUACGGCCGGGGGACACGCUCACCGUUGCGUCGACAACGCCGGCGCCCGUACAGACAGAUUCGCACCCUCCUGCCCCAGACUCUACGCCGGCACCUUCCCGGUCUACAGUUCCAGCUGAUGCCGUCGGGGGUGACCCCAACGGAGAGUGCAUUCUCCGUCGCGUCGUGCCUGCCGACAACAGCUGUCUUUUUCGUAGCAUAGCUUACCUCGUCUCGCCAGAAGCUGCUGGGCAGCCCGCGGCUCAGGUCAGCAAUGCCAUUGUGCAGCCUCUGCGUCAAACUGUAGCCAGUCGCAUUCGCGCUGAGCCCGAGCGCUGGACCGAGGCCACGCUGGGCCGCAGUCCAGAUGACUAUUGCAAGUGGAUCACCUCGCUGGACGCUUGGGGCGGAGGGAUUGAGAUUGCUCUGCUUGCCGAAGCCUUAAACGUUCAGAUUGGAGCCGUCGACAUUCAGACGGGUCGGGUCGACAUGUAUGCCCAGGACCGCCCGAAUGAUUCAGCCAUCCUGCUCCUCUACGAUGGCAUCCACUAUGACCCACUUGUGCUGUCUCCCAUCGGCGCGACAGCGCCAGAGGACUUUUGCUUGCGUCGCAUCGACAUUGCCGAUGUUGACCGUGUUGCUCGCCUAGCCCAACAGCUCAGCGCUGCGCUGCGAGAACGCCAUCAGUUUACCGAUGUCGGAAGUUUUACCCUUCGCUGCCUCGUCUGUCGCACCAAACUUCGUGGUCAGAGCGAGGCCCAAGCCCACGCCAAACAAACUGGUCACACCAACUUUGGUGAAGUAGAUUGACGGAUACGGCCUGCCUUGCAGCGAGAGCAUCUACGAAUUCGUCCAUCGUGCGUUCUGUUUCUCCUCAAUGUUCAACUCGAACGUGGGCUCGUACCUACGUAUAGAGGGCUGUGCCCUCACAAAUGCACCCUCCCUGUCGCUUUUCUUUUUUUCUUUUCGUUCUUUUUUUUUUUUUUUGCUUCAUGGGCUGAUUAGUUGACGAUUAAAUCAGUGAGGAUGUGAUGAUCAUGAUGUGAACCGCCAUUGGCUUGAGAGAGCUUGAUCAAUUGACCAAUAAUAUAGCCA